AUGGAUAUUUGGGUUGAAAGCUUGCUCAAAAAGGGGUCGCGCAAAGAGGGGUUUGAGAUGGGGAAGAGUUUCGAGAUUAUGACGUUCGACAUUAUUGGCGAACUGGCGUUUGGGGAGAACUUCAAAGGUGUUGAGAUUGGUGUUGAACAUCCCUGGAUCACCACCCAUCUCGGAGCUCUGAAUCAAGGAGCCCUGGCCGACGCCUUGAAGCGCUUCCCGACACUCGCCUGGCUUGCUCACGGGCUGCUGCAGAAGAAAAUCUGGGAACUCACCGAGACACAACCCAGAGAACAACCCUCUCGCCGAGUAUGGCUCAUGCGGCGGAGUCCUCUCCGAGGACUGCAUUUCAACGUUGGAAAGGUUUGGCCUGGACAGAAGCUCGGCUGCGCUGCCCAAUGA